AUGUCGGCGCUCCCUCAGGAAGUGAUUGACUCCAUCAUCGACCACCUCUACGACGACAUCCAGUCCUGCAAAGCAUGUCUCCAGGCUCACCGCUGCAUGAAGGAUGCCGCACAUACCCAGAUUUUUCGCACAGUCUCCAUUGUCCAACCAGCGACCAUCAUCGACAGUUCUGGGACCUACAUCGUCCGACGGUUCCGUAGGUUUUAUGACCUUCUCAAGACGUCGCCUCACCUCGCCCUGUACGUGCGCAAGCUCAUCCUGUGGGAAGAGGCGACUCAGCUCCAGCGGCGUCAGUACAGGCGAGGUUGGAUGCAUACGGAGCAAGACCUAGCGCGCAUGCUAGUCGCUUUGCCCAGGCUCCAAGCUCUCCAUCUCGACGGCCAUAACGACUACCUGUCGUGGCAGGACAUGACAGACGCCGUGAAGCAGGGCAUCAUCACGGUCCUACUUCUCCCCACUCUUCGCUCCGUCGUCGUCCAGAGAUUCAACGACUUUCCAAUCUCCACCGUCUUAUCGUCACCGUCCUUGACGUACCUCGGUGUGCUGCACUGCGAUGGCCUCUUUCUCGACCGUGACCCAACCAUAACGCUCGUUGAAGAACUUCUUUUGCACGACAUUUCCAUGACCCUGCUGAGAUGGUUAUCCUCCCCUACAGCCUCCGGCUGCCUCUUUUCCCUCACAAGCCUUACCCUAUGGCCAUCAAAAGAACAGAACAUCUCAUUCCCCCGCCACCUGCACCGUGUAUCCGAUGACAUCCUUAGUGCCGCCCCAAACCUCGUCAACCUCUUGUUCGCUCCCAUCGCAUACCAAGCACGAUACAGCCCCUCCAACGACUCCAUCAUACACCUCACGAAUAACCGCAAACUCGAGACCCUCGAGCUCCGUAUGGACAUCAAGUUUGUGGGGAACACACGCUCGGAUUUCGUUGCUUGGGCUGCGAUGACUAUCAAUACCAUCCCCGAUGAAGCUCCGCUGAGGUCUAUCGUCCUGCGGGGGGACGCUGCGAAACGGAUAGAGCCCGGACCUGUCGUCAGUUGUGGGUGGGACCAGUUUGACGAUGCGGCUAUCAGGGCGACGUCCAGGGUGGUUGUUAGUCUAGAAGGUAUUGCGGCGUUUGCACAAGGGGAGGUUGCGACUUCGUUGCAGAUGCCGAGGCUGCGCGAGAGGGGGAUCUUGGAGAUUAGGAUGAUCUGA